GAACCGGCGCACCGAACCGACGCUUUCCCGUUCCACUCUCUUUCAGAAAACAUUCAAAAGCCGGGCUUGUCUCCUUCCUCCGGAAACUCCUUAUCAAGAAGGAAGCAAAAUCGACCGCGAUUUGCUUCCUUAAUUGACUUCCGCCUCCAUCAACGCAAGCACCCCAGGCCAAUUUCCCCCAUUCAAUUCCCGUCUCUCCAGUCACCCCCACCAUUAACAUCACGCCAAAAGCUCGAGCCUUUUACACAUGGCGGCCCCUCUGCGCAAGACGACGGCAUAGUCACGGUCCAGUACCCCCGACCCCGAGCAAGACCCGACAGAGCAGGAGCUUAAAUGCGACCCCAGUCGAAGGCCGAGGCGUGAUUAGUGGGUCAAGAAUGGUGUCUCCCGAGGCCUCGACGAUGGCUAAGCACGCCCUCCUCCGCAACAGGGCCUCCCUCUGCUUCAGCGACGCCUGCCUCUUCCUCGGCGGCGUCCUCAUGGCCCUCCUCCUCGUCUGGUCCUUCUCCUCCUUCGCCUACCCACCGAGUGCCUCGCAGACCCUAGCCGCCUCCUCCUCCUCCGCCGCCGCCGAGGCCCCGCCGGAAUGCGCCGCCGCCGCCGCCGCGCCGCCGCGCGACUCGGAGGAGAGCGACAACUUCUACGACGACCCCGAGCUGAGCUACUCGAUGGAGAGGCCGAUGCGGGGCUGGGACGAGAAGCGGCGGGAGUGGCUGCGGCAGCACCCGUCGCUGGCCUCCGGCGAGGGAGGCCGCGAGCGGGUCGUGCUGGUGACGGGGUCGCAGCCGUCGCCGUGCAAGAACAAGAUCGGCGACCACCUCCUCCUCCGCUUCUUCAAGAACAAGGUCGACUACUGCCGCCUCCACGGCUGCGACGUCUUCUACAACAACGUCCUCCUGCAGCCCCAGAUGUUCUCCUUCUGGGCCAAGUACCCCGUCGUCCGCGCCGCCAUGCUCGCCCACCCGGAGGCCGAGUGGAUCUGGUGGAUCGACUCCGAUGCCCUCUUCACCGACAUGGACUUCGAGCUCCCGCUUGAGCGGUACAAGGGCCACAACCUCGUCGUCCACGGUUGGACAAACCUGAUCUACGAGAAGAAGAGCUGGACGAGCAUCAACGCCGGCGUGUUCCUCAUCCGGAACUGCCAGUGGUCGAUGGACUUCAUGGACGUGUGGGCCGGAAUGGGCCCGCAGAGCCCGGAGUACGAGCGGUGGGGCCACGUCCUCCGCUCCACCUUCGCCGACAAGUUAUUCCCGGACUCCGACGACCAGUCGGCUCUGAUCUACUUGCUGUUAACGCAGAAGGAUCGGUACGGCGACAAGAUCUACGUCGAGAACGAGUACUACUUCGAGGGAUACUGGGAGGGGAUCGUGGGCACGUUGCCUAACAUCACCCGCGAGUACGAAGACAUGGACCGGAGGCCCCCGGCGCUGCGGCGGAGGCACGCGGAGAAGGCGAGCAGAUACUACGCGGCGCGGCGGGCGGAGGCGGAGGCGGAGGCGGGCGCGGCGCGGAAGAGGCCGUUCGUGACCCACUUCACCGGGUGCCAGCCGUGCAGCGGGAACCACAACCAGAUGUACUCCGGCGAGUCGUGCUGGAACGGGAUGGUGAAGGCGCUGAACUUCGCCGACAACCAGGUCCUCCGCCGGUACGGGUACGUCCGCCCGGAUCUGAUGGACUCCGCCGUCGUGAAGCCCAUCCCGUUCGAUUACCCGGCGGGCGGAGACGACGGCGGCGGCGGCGACGGCGGCGGCGAGGGAGCGAGAUAAAGCAACAACAAAAAAAUGAAAAAGAUAGAACAGUACAAAUAGGUAAAAAAAAAUAAUAAUAACGAAAAGAAGCAGGGAAGUAUCUUUGUUGGGACAGAGCUCUUGGGGAGAGUGUAUUUGUCGAUAUUGGUUGUUGAUUAAACUAAGGUUUGCUCCCUUCUAGAAAUCAGUUUCGCCUAAUAUUUAA